UAUCGUAUUUUUCACUCCAUAAGACACACCUGACCAUAAGGCUCACAUAGAUUUUAGAGGAGGAAUACAAGAAAAAAAAAUAUUCUGAACCAAUGGGCUGCAGACAUAGUACAGGAAAUGACCAGAGACUGCAGACAUAGUACAGGAGAUGACCAGAGACUGCAGACAUAGUACAGGAGAUGGCCAGAGACUGGGGACACAGUACAGGAGAUGGCCAGAGACUGGGGACACAGUACAGGAGAUGGCCAGAGACUGCGGACACAGUACAGGAGAUGACCAGAGACUGCGGACACAGUACAGG